UUCUCGGUACUUCAGCUCAGAACUACUCGUUUUCGCUCCUGAUGUCAAUUCUGGGGAAACUUCACUUUUAAAGCUGGUUCAUGGAAAUUCCGCGCCUAUGGCAUUCUGACAACACGUCGGAGCGUGUCUCUCUCCGUGUCGUUUAUAUCUAUGCUGUUUUACUCUUGUUUUCACGUUGGACCAGUGUGAACGGUGGUAGUGUUGCUCAUUUGCGACUGACGGACCGUGGAGAGGGGUUAAGAGAACCGAACCAACCCUUUGUUUCUUGAAUUGCGCGCUGGUUCCAAAGUCCAUGUGGGAAAGCGCACAGCUUUGACAGAAAUAGGACGAUACUUCGCAAUUGCUUGGACACAUCGUUUGAACCUGGAACUCAGCAAAAGAAGUUAGGAUCUAUGAAAGCAUCAAAGCCUAAAGAAGACAAGGAUGCAAGCAAGGAGCCCCAGCUGAAGGGGAUCGUGACCAAACUCAACAGCCGGCAGGGCUUCCAUCUCCAGCUGCAGGCGGAUGGCACCAUUGAUGGCACAAAAGAGGAGGACAACAGUUACGCUGUGUUCAACCUCAUCCCAGUGGGGCUGCGGGUGGUGGCCAUCCAGGGGGUGCAGACCAAGCUGUACCUGGCCAUGAACAACGAGGGCUAUCUCUACACUUCGGAACACUUCACGCCGGAGUGCAAGUUCAAGGAGUCUGUAUUCGAGAACUACUACGUGACGUACUCGUCCAUGAUGUACCGGCAGCAGCAGUCCGGCCGCGGCUGGUUCCUGGGCCUCAACAAGGAGGGCCAGAUCAUGAAGGGCAACCACGUCAAGAAGAACAAGCCCGCCGCACACUUCAUCCCCAAACCACUCAAGGUGGCCCUGUACCGAGAGCCUUCCCUGCACGACCUGACCGAGUUCUCUCGCUCGGGCAGCGGCACGCCCACCAAGAGUCGGAGCGCGUCGGCCAUGUUGAACGGCGGCAAGACGCUGAGUCAUCAGGAGUCCACGUAACCAUGGCGACGACGGCACACAGCCCUGGAAGCAAGCGGCCCUCCUCGUCU